AUGCAUGGGAAAAUCCUCAGGCAGUAUGUGAUUCGGGUAGACGGCUCUUCUCGUGCUCUACAGUAUGAGACCGUGCAGGCGGUCGAGAAUGGACCUAUCCUCAGAGACAUGGCCUUCUCUUCUGACCACCACUACCUCUAUGUCAUGUCUGAGAACCAGCUGUCAAGAGUGCCAGUGGAAGCCUGUGGUCAGUACUUAACCUGCAGUGAAUGUCUCGGAUCAGGAGAUCCCCACUGUGGCUGGUGUGUCCUGCACAACAUAGCCUCAAACAUAUUAACCAGACAGUAUGGGGUGUUGCUGUGUUUGGGUUGUUAGUCUCCUCUACCUCCAUGACGCCUGGGUCCAUGCCCAGCACUCCAUUUCUUGCAGCUCUUGAGUAUUCAGGGACUCCUCUAGCCAACCCAGGCCAACUCCCAGAUUGCUUUCCUGGGGCUCGG